GCGCCCUUGCAGUCAGACCAAGCUUGGAACAGGGUGACCAAAAACGUCGCCGGUCUCACUCCCCUCUCUCUCUCUUACCGUGUGGCAUUUUCCCGACCGACCGGCCGUUAAGGAGCUGCAGAUAUGUCGGACGUUGAAGAAGAGGUGGUAGAGGACGCCGCUCCAGAGGAGGAGGAGGAGGCACCUGCCGAAGAGAUGGCGGACGAAUACGAAGAGGAGGUGGCUUACGAGGAGGAGGAAGUCGAGGCCGCUCCCGAGCCCGAGCCUGAGGCCCCCAAGCCCAAGCCGCCGCCCGUGGCAGCUCCCAAGAUCCCCACGGGAGAGAAGGUCGACCUUGGUGCCAUCGCCGCCAAGCGCAAAGACAAAGAUCAGCUCGAGUUAGAAUCCCUCAUAGAGAAAUGGUUCGAGAAACGGCAAAAGGAAGACGCUGAGCUGGAGGAGAUGCGCCAGAUGAGGGAACAACGUAAGGCGGAGAUGGCAGAGAAGGAAGAACUGAGGAAACAACAGGAGAAGGAGCGUAUCGAGGCUGAGAAGCGUCGCAUGCGUGAACAGAAGGAAGCUGAGGAGAAGAGGAGGCGCGAAUUGGACGAACGGAAGAAGAGACUCGGCAACGUCAACAUGCACAUGGGCGGCUACCUGAGAACUCUGGAGAAGAAGGGCCCAAGCAAGAGAGACAUGGCUGCCGAGAAGAAGCGCAAGACCGUCGAGCUGCGUGUCGGCAAGUUCAGCGCCGAUGAAGUGUCAGCAGCCUACGCCGACGAGCUGUACGAGAAGCUGCAGCACUCAGAGGAGGCACUCUACGACAUCAAGGACAAGGUGAAGGUGCAGAACCAAGACGUUGAACGCCUCAGGACAACCGUCAACGAGAGCAUGGGCAAGUUCUCCAAGCCAGGAGCCGUGUCCAGGGGCAAGGUCAGCGGAGGCAAGUGGGGCGGAAAGAAGUAAGCUAAGCCAAGUGGAAUGUGAACUGAUUUCCUCGCCUGGCUACCUAGCUGUCCACCUCGCCCUGCACCGAGUCGCUCUCCUCUCUCUAAAUACUAGUCUCCUUUACUUCUUCAUGUGCGUUUUGAUUACUGUAUUCGCCAAGAUCGUCCCGGAAGAGAUACACAUCGCCAUAUAUACUCUGUAAAGUCAUCAUGAACUCGACAAAGAACAACAACUUGAAGAUGCUUGCAAAAACAUUUUUCAACUGAACAACCUUUCGAAUGUUUUCAUGUAUUAGAACUCACUUGUGUUUGUCCACGUGUCAAAUGGACGCAUGUAAAAAUGACAUUGAGCGUCGUGUCGUUGUUGCUUCAUGUAUGUAUGUUUGUUUGUGGGGUGCGUAUAGUAAUGUUAACGAAUGCCACGUGCUUUUAACUUCAAGCGCGUGGCGAUUCUGUUGAGUACGCUCCUAGUCGUGAAGUUGGUGGCGUCUCAUGGCCGUAUGUUGUUGCUGUGUCAUUUUUUCCAUCUAAAAUUUGUGCGUGCGACUUUGGCGGCCAUAUUGCUGUGAGACGUCUCAACUACUGUCCUAACCGCAAAAUUUUUAACCCUUUGUUUUGUAUGUCCGUUUGCGUUGAAAAAAAAAAACAAACCCAAAAAAACACACCCCUAUUCUUAGAUUCAACUGGCCGGCUCUCGUGUUCCAUCUGAGACUGAUACCGGAGCUUUGAGUUUCAGACUAGGGCUGUCAAAUAAAAACAAGUUUAUUACGUAAUCUGUGAUGAAGAGUUACAUUUGCAUUGUACAAUAAAUAAAAACCAAAAAAAAUCUAAAAAGACCAAA